AUGGGAGGUGGUGGCACCGAAUCCCCAGACAGCAAGAAGGCCCGUACUCACGCGCAGGCCUCGCCGCCCCCCCCCGUGGUUCUGGUCUGGGACAUUGACGAAACCCUGGUUAUUUUCAACUCCCUGCAGAAUGGGGAGUGGGAGCGUGCCCACUCGGACAGCGGUGCAGGGGAGGCCCAGGCCCUGGGCUCCCAGUGGUCCUCCGCGGUGCUAGACCUCGCGGACUCCCACCUCUUCUACAAGCAGCUGGAGACUCAUGGUGUCAUGAGUCUGGAGGAUGCAGCCGCGGCAGAUGAUGGCCGGGACCUGGCGUCCUACGACUUUGAUGGGGAUGUGGUGGGAAGAAUCCAAUCCUGUGAGGGGCCGGCACCGGCGUCAAACGACCCCGGGCCCUGCACCCCUCCCCCGGAAGCGGCAUAUCGGUACCGGGAGGCGCACCGGCGGUACUCCCUCGGCCUGCUGGCCGACGCCGCGCUGCCCAGCUCCGACCGGCUCUGGCACGCCACCGACACGCUGGCCGCUGGCUGGCUGACGGCCGCGCAGGGGCUGCUGGCCGCCUGCCUUGCCCACCUGCCGGUGCUGCUGGGCGCCGCGCUGGGGACCCCGCCGCACGCUGGCGUCCGCGACCACCUGCCCCAGGUCCGGCACGUGGCCGUCACCUCCUCGGACCUGCUGCCCUCCUUGGCCAAGCUGGCCCUGUUUCGCCUGGACCGCUUCUUCGCCGGCAGGGACGUGCUGUCCUCUCGCGUGCACGGCAAGCUGGAGUGCUUUGCCAGGCUGCGUGACCGCUUCCCGGGGAGCGCGGCCUUCGUGGCAAUAGGGGACGGCAGGGAGGAGGAGGCGGCUGCUGCGGCGCUUGGCUGGCCCUUCAUCAAGGUGUCCCUCGGCAGGUGCACGCUCGGCCGGGCGGAGAAGGGCGGGGUCCCCCUGACCAGCCUGACCGUCAUGGAAAUUGCAGGUGCCCUGGGCAUCUGA